AUGGUGAGGGGCAAGAUUGUGAUUAGGAGGAUUGAGAACAUGAGCAGCAGGCAGGUCACCUCCUCCAAGCGGCGUCGUGGCCUGCUGAAGAAAGCACGUGAGCUGGCCAUCCUCUGCGAUGUCCAGGUCGGCGUCAUCGUCUUCUCCUCCACUGGUUGCCUCUACGAAUAUGCCAAUCCACCGCCACCACCAACAUGGGCAUGA